CGCCGUUAAGCAGCCGCUUCCCCCACCCGUGACGUUGAGGAUAUGAUCAAAUCAAAGAAUUCAAUAUAAACCGGAUUUAUUAAACCACGGUUCAAUUAGUCCACGCAUUGGUUUAACGCCGGUUUGGUUCGUUCUAUCCGUCAGCCACUGGGCUCUAUCGUUAGAGAAAGAGAGAGAGGGACAGAUCUGUGAAGUUGGGAUCUUUCUUUUUCACUUUCUUCGUUGUCUCUCUCUGUCUACACGCUUGUGCUUGUGUUGUGUUUGUGCGCCACUUUCUAUCUCUACUGUUUUCUUCUCUCGUCACGGCUUAACUUUUGCAAUCUUUUAGCUGAAGCUAAUUUCAACAAGUUGUUAUUUUUGCUUUCAAUUUUCUUACUUUUUGAUCUCUCUUUUCCACGAAACCUCUUAUAAUAGAUUUCUCAUUUCUGGGUCUAAAAUCUACUUUCUAUUUUUGGGCAUUGAUUUUUAUUCUUAGAUAAACUAGAUUGAAGGCAAAGAAACCAUUUUUUUUUUUUUUUUUUUCUAGAUUCUCUCUAGGUUUCCCUAAAUUUCUCAACUACUCCUAAAGAGUUUUGUUACGUUUCUGUGUGAUUCUCCUUUUUUUCUUGACGACUCCAAAUUUCGUUUUUGCGUAAAUGGUGGUGAAGAUGAUGAAGUGGCGGCCAUGGCCGCCGUUAGUUACGAGGAAAUACGAGGUGAAGCUUUCCGUGAAGAAGCUUGAGGGUUGGGAUCUGGUGAGGGAAGGUGUACCGGAGAAAGAUAGAUUAACGGUGGAGAUUCGUUGGAAAGGUCCUAAGGCGACAUUGGGAUCUUUGAGAAGGUCGGUGAAGAGGAAUUUCACCAAGGAAGCUGUGGGAGAAAGCGAUGUCGUUUCAUGGGAAGAUGAAGAGUUUCAGAGCUUAUGUUCACUCACUUCUUACAAGGACAGUUUGUUUUAUCCUUGGGAGAUAACUUUCUCUGUCUUCACCAAUGGAAUGAAGCAAGGGCAGAAGAAUAAAGCUCCUGUUGUUGGAACGGCAUUUUUGAAUCUUGCUGAGUACGCGUGUGUGACCGAUAAAAAAGAAUUCGAUAUAAACAUACCACUUACGCUCUCUGCUUGUGUGGCCUCUGAGACACAUCCUUUGCUCUUUGUAUCAUUGAGCCUGCUUGAGCUUAGAACUACUCCAGAAACAUCAGACUCGGCAGCACAAACCGCGGUUGUGCCUUUGCCUCUCCCAUCUCCAUCGCCACAACAGCCUACUGAAACUCACUCAGUUGAGAAGGAGGAUGUCUCUGCAAUCAAAGCUGGUCUCAGAAAAGUCAAGAUUUUCACAGAGUUUGUUUCUACAAGGAAAGCCAAGAAGGCUUGCAGGGAAGAAGAAGGCAGAUUCUCAAGCUUUGAAUCAUCAGAAUCGCUUGAUGAUUUCGAGACAGAUUUUGAUGAAGGCAAAGAAGAAUUGAUGAGUAUGAGAAAAUCUUUCUCUUAUGGACCUUUGUCUUAUGCAAAUGGUGUGGGAACUUCAUUAAACUGUGGCGCGAAAGUUAGCGAUGAAGACGAAGAUUGGGUUUAUUAUAGCCACAGGAAAUCAGACGUUGGAGCAGGUUGCUCUGAUGCUGAAGAUUCCGCUGCGGGUUUGGUGUAUGAGGCAUCACUGCUUCCACGGCGUAGCAUAUUGCCAUGGAGAAAGAGGAAGUUGAGCUUUAGGUCUCCGAAAUCCAAAGGAGAGCCUUUGUUAAAGAAGGAUAAUGGAGAAGAAGGUGGAGAUGACAUUGAUUUUGAUCGGAGGCAACUUAGCUCAGAUGAAGCUCAUCCUCCAUUUGGGAGCAAGAUUGAUGAAGAUUCAUCUGCUAAUCCACGAACUUCGUUCUCGGAGUUUGGAGAAGACAGUUUUGCGAUUGGAAGUUGGGAGGAGAAAGAAGUGAUAAGCCGAGAUGGACACAUGAAGCUCCAGACAAGUGUCUUUCUUGCUUCUAUUGACCAGAGAAGCGAGCGAGCAGCUGGUGAGAGUGCAUGCACUGCUCUUGUAGCGGUCAUUGCGGAUUGGUUUCAGAAGAAUGGUAAUCUCAUGCCAAUCAAGUCUCAGUUCGAUAGUUUGAUCAGAGAAGGUUCUUUAGAAUGGAGAAACCUCUGCGAAAACGAAACGUAUAUGCAGAAAUUCCCUGACAAGCAUUUCGAUCUUGAUACCGUGCUACAAGCAAAGAUACGGCCUCUAACCGUUAUCCCCGGAAAAUCCUUUGUUGGGUUUUUCCAUCCUGAUGGGAUGAUCAACGAGGGUAGAUUCGAGUUUCUACAAGGCGCAAUGUCUUUCGAUAGUAUUUGGGCUGAAAUUAUUAGUCUGGAGGAAAGCUCGGCGAAUGGUGAUAGCUAUGAUGAUGAUUCGCCACCGCACGUUUACAUAGUGAGUUGGAACGAUCACUUCUUUGUCCUCAAAGUUGAAAAAGAAGCUUACUAUAUCAUUGACACACUUGGAGAAAGGCUUUACGAGGGUUGUGAUCAAGCUUACGUUUUGAAAUUCGACCAUAAAACCGUCAUCCACAAGAUUCUUCACACAGAGGAAGCAGGAUCCGAAUCAGAACCUGAAUCAGAGAUUUUGAGCAGAGGGAAGGAGUCAUGUAAAGAGUAUAUUAAGAAUUUCUUGGCGGCCAUACCAAUUAGGGAGUUGCAAGAGGAUAUCAAGAAAGGAUUAGCCUCAACCGCGCCUGUUCAUCACCGUUUACAGAUCGAGUUUCAUUACACCACAAACGCAGAGAUUACCAGUCUAUAAAAGCCUAGGCAGAGUUGCUAACGUUUUGUUGAGUUUCUUGUAAGUUUUGUAACUAACUUGUGAAUGUGAUUUAGAGUUAAACCAGUUUGUAUCUAACUAUCCAAGGAAUUUACAUUUUUGCUCGUUCU